AUGACUUCUUCCAAGAUCAUCACUGUCUUUGGAGCAACUGGCUCUCAGGGUGGAAGUGUCGUACAGUCACUCCUCCAGAACAAGUCCCAGUCCUUCAAGAUCCGUGGAAUCACUCGUAACCCUGACUCUGAAAAGGCCAAGGCUUUAGCCAGUCAGGGUGUUGAAGUCGUAAAGGCUGAUGGCCUUGUCAAACAGGAGUUGAUCGAGGCGUUUAAGGGUAGUUGGGGCGUCUUUGUCAAUACAAACUCGGAUGAUCCUUCUAUGAACCAGCCGGACGGACCUACUGAGCUCGAUGUGGGCAAUCGUAUUGUGGAUGCUGCCGCUGAAGCUGGAGUGGCUCAUUUCGUGUACAGCGGGAUGGCAUCUGCUUCCAAGAUCACUAGAGGUGUUGUUCCAGCUCGCGCUUUCGACACAAAGAAUGCUAUCGGCGAAUAUGCUAAGGAAAAGGGCGUCUUUGAAACUGUCAAUAUUGUCAGUCCCGGUUGGUAUUUUGAAAAUCACCUGGUAGAAGAAUUUGCUCCUGCACUGGGCGGAUUCCCCUUCAGCCCUGACAAUGAAGGAUACUUAACCCUGCAUAUCCCUCACUGGGGAGGUAAUGGCGAGAUUCCCUUCAUCGCUAUAGGAGACGAUUAUGGGGACCUCGUUCACGGAAUCUUCCUUGAUCCCGCGAAGUACAACGGCCAUCUAGUCCAAGGCAUUAGCGCCAGCGAGACUCCUGAGAAGCUUGUGUCUGGGUUUGAAAAAGUAACCGGAAAGAAGGCGCGCUUCGUGCCUAUUGAAGAUUGGAAGUCGAUGGAGACGUAUGGCGAUACAGGCUUCGAGACAGUCAAGUAUAUGUUUGGUUUCUGUCAGUAUUCUGGCGGCUUGUAUUACGGAGUUCCUAAUGAUCUGGCUCCUGCUGCUGAUCUCAAAGCAAGGGCGGUUGAGGCUAAAGGGGCUGGUGAUGGGGAACUCAUGACUAUUGAGCGCUUCUGGCAGAAGUACUUUACUUCCUGA